ACCAACGUGCUCAAGGUCAGGGUCAGGUCACGUUGAUCCUUUCCCAGAACAGCAGAAGGGUUUUAAGGAAGCAACGGCAGAGCGGACUGCCCAGUGUCAUUCUGUAGGUUGAGCCGAAGGUGGUGUUAGAUUUUGGUUGAUAAAAUGGAAUUGAAGGAAAAUUUGAAGAAGGAACCCACUUGGGUACAAUUACAGCAGUUCUAUGAUACGAAUGGAAGCCGACUUAACAUUCACGAAUUGUUCAAAACUAAUCCGGAUCGUUUUAAUAAAUACAGCCUCCAACUCACAACACCUGAAGAUGGCCCAAUUUUGCUCGACUAUUCCAAGAAUCGAAUCAAUGACGAGGUUCUAUCAUUACUCUUUCAAUUGGCCCGCGCUCGUGGAAUUGAAGCUGCAAGAAAUGCUAUGUUUUCUGGUGCCAAGAUCAACUUGACUGAAAAUCGAGCAGUCUUACAUGUUGCUCUCAGAAAUAGAGCUAAUGCUCCUAUUCUUGUUGAUGGUAAAGAUGUCAUGCCAGAUGUAAAUGCAGUGUUGAAUCAUAUGAAGGAGUUUACCGGUCAAGUGAUUUCAAAGCAAUGGACUGGAUUUACUGGGAAACCAAUUGAGGACGUAGUGAACAUUGGAAUCGGAGGUUCUGACCUGGGCCCUGUCAUGGUGACGGAGGCUUUGAAACCAUAUCAAAUUGGUCCACGGGUACACUUUGUGAGCAACAUAGAUGGUACUCAUAUUGCAGAAACUUUAAAAAAACUAAAUCCUGAAACAUGUCUAUUCAUAAUUGCAUCAAAAACUUUUACGACACAAGAAACGAUCACCAAUGCUACGUCUGCUAAACUAUGGCUUCUGGAAAAUUUGAAAAGCGAAGCAGCUGUGGCUUCACACUUCGUUGCUUUAUCCACAAACACAGAAAAAGUUAAACAGUUCGGUAUCGAUGAGAAAAAUAUGUUUGGAUUCUGGGAUUGGGUUGGAGGUCGCUAUUCUUUGUGGUCAGCGAUCGGUCUCUCCAUAUCCCUGUCCAUAGGUUUUGACAAUUUUGAGAAGCUUUUGAGUGGUGCCCAUUUCAUGGAUCAGCAUUUUUAUACAGCUCCGCUAGAAAAAAAUGCACCAGUAAUUCUGGCAUUGCUUGGAGUUUGGUACCACAAUUUUUAUGGUGCGGAAACUCAUGCGUUAUUACCAUAUGAUCAGUAUUUGCACAGAUUUGCUGCAUAUUUCCAGCAAGGCGAUAUGGAGAGUAAUGGAAAAUAUGUCACUCGAUCUGGAAAAACUGUUGAUUACAGUACAGGUCCGAUUGUCUGGGGAGAACCGGGUACGAAUGGACAGCAUGCAUUUUAUCAACUCAUUCAUCAAGGCACAAGACUGAUACCAGCGGAUUUCAUAGCCCCUGCAAUAUCGCAUAACAAAGUUCAGGGAACUACCCACCACAAGAUCUUACUUGCUAAUUUCUUGGCCCAAACUGAAGCUCUAAUGAAAGGAAAAUCCGAAUCUGAGGCUAGAGAAGAACUUCAAAAAGCUGGAUUGAGUCCUAGCGAAAUCACAACGCUUCUUCCACACAAAGUAUUCCAAGGAAACCGACCUACUAACAGUAUUGUAGUCAAAGGAGUUACUCCAUUUACACUAGGGGCACUUAUCGCAAUGUAUGAACAUAAGAUCUUCGUGCAAGGAAUUAUUUGGGACAUCAAUUCAUUCGACCAAUGGGGUGUGGAAUUAGGAAAGCAGUUGGCUAAAGCUAUAGAGCCAGAACUGAAAAACAACGAAAAUAUUACCAGCCAUGAUUCCUCAACGAAUGGGUUAAUUGCAUUCAUCAAAGCACAUAGCCAAUAAGCAUUUGAUUGAUUGUACAGUGUGGAGUUGGGGAAACAGUUAACACUGGAAAUUCUGCCAAUGCUUUCUCACAACGGUUCCAUCAAUACCAAAGACUCUUCUUCGAAUGGAUUGAUCAAUUUCAUCAAGAGUCAGAGCUGUAUGUGCACUUCAGUCACUUGUGACACGUCGGAAUCAGAACAUAAUUUAUUUAUCUAGCCAACCAUGUAUUACUUUGGUGUCAGUCUGCUUAUUGUUAGUAAAAGUUUGUCUUCAUCACUCAGAAUCGUAUGUUAGUAAAUGAAUUGAUGUAAAUUAGAUGUGGAAAUGAUCAUAAUAUUCACAGGCUUUUUAUCCCUGACUUUCAUUCAAUUCUUCACAAUAUAUGUAUACCUAAUUACAUAAUCAUGAUAUAUUGUCAGUCAUUUAUCAUUCAGUUUGCUAUUGAUGAUAUUAGUGGUUCUAAAUUACUGCAUAUGAUCAUAGGUGAAAAAAAAACGUAGGUUUUCUGUUUAUUUACAAAUAUUAUAUACUUUGUUAUACAUGUGUAUACAUGAUUUAUAUUGAAUUUUUACACUUACAAUUAGCCAGUUCCCUGAAUUGAUUCAUAACAGAAAUCUAUUUCAUUGGCAUUUAUCUUCGGUCCUGCAUGUCAGUCGCCAAUGUGAAUUCACAAAGUUAGAAGAUUUGACAAAUAAAUCAUUUGUCUCUAUCUUAUCUUCGUUAUCUUGAUUGCAGGUGUUGCAUAAACACCAAUGUUAAAAUAUUGUCAUUUUUGACCGCACAUGUUAUACUACUCGCAAUAAAACGAAAAUUCUCUGGA